GUAUACGGUAACGACACCUUCACUCACCUUGCCCAACUGUGGAGAACGCUUGGUGGCUUCAGUGGGGUGCAGCUACUUUCUGGUCACAUUCUCUCCGAGAACCUGGACAUGCUGCACGACCAGGAAAGAGCUUAUGGUGACAUUGUGUACAAUUUCCGGUUCUUGAACGAACGCGAACUGAAUUCGCAGUUUGUACUGAACGAUGGAGACAAGACAUCGGGCAUCCACUAUACUGCCUUCACAUCCGAAGGGGCACGGUACUGCCCAUGGAUGAAGAGCGAACUGUUGGCCAGAGGCGUCAAAUUUGUUGAAAGAAAAAUUGAGAGCCUGGAUGAACUAGCUGACGAAGGCUAUUCCACCGUUGUCAACUGUGCUGGAAUGAAUGGCGCUCGUCUUGCUGGUGAUGACGAUGAUCUUUAUCCAAUCCGAGGAAUUCUUCUGAAAGUUGACGCUCCAUGGCAGAAGCACUUCCUGAUGCGAAACACCAACACAUUCACCAUACCAACAAUUGGAGCAGUUUAUGUUGGAACGGUAAAGGAAGAUCGUAAAGAUAGCAUGAAGAUCACAAAGGAGGAGAUAAACAAUUUGUGGGAUCGCUAUCUACAGCUGCAACCGUCUUUCAAAGGUGUGAAGAUCCUCGAUCAUUUUGUCGGCCUUCGUCCUGGUCGUGCUAUGGUGAGAGUUGAAUCUGAAACAAGAACAACCCCAAAAGGCAUAACCUAUAAGGUGGUGCAUAACUAUGGCCACGGCGGUAGCGGUUUCACCAUUGGAUGGGGUACCGCGCUUCAUGCAAGCUCUCUUGUUCUGAAUUACCCCGUUGAUAAAUAUGAGGAACUGAAGGAGGCCGAGCUGUUGCUCAGGAAGCCGAAAAGAAGAUCUGGCUAUAGAUAUCGGAAUUCCAGAUGGGCACGAUCUCGCUUGCAAAUGUCAUAA